AUGUGGCGCAUUGGGGCCAAAUUUGUCGCCCGUGCAUUGCGUCAAUGGGCGCCCGAGUGGGCUUCUGAGAGUGAUCACGGUGGCCUCCCGGGACGUUCCAUCAGUGACGUCCUCUUUCAAGUCCAGGCUGCUCUCAAUCGUGGCAUGACAACUGCUGCUUUGAUGGACGUGGCAGGUUACUUCGAUGCCAUGAAUGCCAAGAUGUUGAAGAAGGUUUUUGCUCAUUUGGGUGCACCGGUGCAGUUGGCUCCCCUCAUGGAGUCUUUCUACUCUGGAGCCUUUAGGUACUUCUGCUUUGAAGGUUCGUUUGACCCAGAGUAUCAUGUGGUGCACUCCGGUAUUGCACAGGGCUGCCCACUCAGUCCCAUCGCUGCUGCAGCCUUGUCGCAUUGUUGGAGUGAGUACAUUAAGGCCUCUUGCAACAACAUAUGUGUGCAGAUUUUCAUGGAUGACCGUACUUUGAUGCUGGAACCUUCGGGAUCUUGCCAGGACCUUGAACGAGCGAUAAGUGCAAGUGCAACUUUUGAUGCUGCCUUUUCGCUGAGCCUCUCGCCUGAUAAAUGCUUCAUUGCCUCGAGCCGGCCGAGUGCGCAAACGGCCCAGCUCGCAGACCGAUGGGGUUUUUCAACGUGCUCGCAUCUUGAAUUGUUGGGUGUGUGCUUUGACUUUGAGGGCAAAGGCACCAUUCCCAAGUUUUCUUUGAGAAAGGCGGUUCUCCGCUUAAGAUUGCUACGUUGGGCCCAAGCUUCGACCAGAGCUCGAAUCAACUUGGUGAGGGCCCUCAUCAUGCCGUGCUUGGCCUGGGCCUCGGGCUUCGCUCAGCCCUCUCGUGCUGACCUGGAGGCUGUUCGUGCUGAAGUCAGGUUCUUGUUUAGUGGAGGUUAUGGUGGCGAUACUGCCACCGUAGCCUUCUUUGAGCUGCUUGGAUGGGGAUUAGAACCGAAUUUCGCGCUUGAGCUGUUGGCCCGCACGGGUUGGUGGCUGAGCGAAGGGGCUGACGCCUUUUGCAGACGUGAUGCUCAAGGUGGCACUACUUGGUUCUUUAACAAGGCGGCCCCAGCUACGGCCCUGCACAACCGAACGCGAUGCCUCUGUGGAGCCUCCCGACCGAGCAGGGCCCAUUUGCUGUGGGCCUGCCCAAGCACAGAGGACAUUCGCAAAGAUCUUGACCCGCCAACGCACCGUGGAGAAGAAAGAUUGUUGUCUAAACACUUGCGUGAGCAACCUCUUCCGCCCCCUGCGGUGGAUGAGGCAGGUCUUGUUGAAGAGAUCGCUGACACGAUUAGGGAAGAGCUGACCAUGUCGCAGACCAUUGUGCUUGCCACAGAUGGGUCUGCCAAGGAUGGCAUCGCGGCUCAUUCGGUCGUUGUCAACAAGUGCGAUCGUGCUUUCUUUGGCGGCAAUGACAGCGAAGAUCAGUCCUCUUUUCGGGCUGAAAU